AUAUCCGGACAUGUUUGUCGCAGAAGUAGACGCUGUUAAGAGAAAAAUUAGAUAAAAAGUUUUCCCUCGUGGCUCCUUUAUGAAAAUGUCUUCAAAAAAAUACAAUAACAGCGAUAAUUCCCAAGAGCAAACCACAUAUAAAGAGGAACUCAGUAAAAAGAUCAAAGAGCAAAAGGUCGUUGUGGAUGAACUCUCUAACCUAAAGAAGAACAGGAAAGUUUACAUCCAACAGAGAAACAGCAACAUUUUCUUCCUGGCUGACAGAAGUCAAACAUUGUCUACAAGCAGAAAGGAACUGGAUUACUUGAAAAAAGAACUGCAGGAUAUUUAGAGCUGCAACAAUGUGUGGAAUCUUUUUCCAGUUGACUUUGUCAGCUGCUCAAUUUGAGAAGGACAAAAGAAUUUAUGAAUUUCUGAAGAGAAGGGGCCCCAACUCUAGCAGGGAGCUAUCGUUUCCUGCUGUAGAUUUGAGCUAUCACUGCUCAUUUUCUGCCCAUGUUCUCCAUAUGAGAGGCCUCCUUACUCUUCAGCCGUUUCAAGACGACGCUGGAAAUGUCUUGAUGUGGAAUGGAGAGGUUUUUGGAGGGAUUUCUGUGAUGCCAGAAGAGAAUGACACCACUGUCAUCUGUCAGAAAUUGUCAUCUUGUAAAAACUCUUUGGAGGUUCUGGCACUUCUGUCUGCCAUUCAAGGGCCUUGGGCAUUUGUUUUCUAUCAAAAGGCUGAAGAUUAUCUCUGGUUUGGGAGAGACCUUUUUGGAAGGCGCAGCUUGCUGUGGAAAUAUGACGCCGAG